CUUUCAAGUCCCAUUCAUUCUUCGUCUUCCUCCCACACAACCCCCCUGCAGCUUAUUCCCUUGUGCUGGUAACUCAGAACCAGCGCACCACCGCCAUCCCGGCUCAUUGUCUGACCGCCAACGCGCUCUUUCAUUCACUAUUGGACUAGUUCUGGCCGGCCCUCCCUUGCUCGCCAGCCACCAACCACCCAUUACCACCACUCACCUUCAUUCACUAUUAACACUACCACCAUGGCCGACUCAUCGGCUUCGCAACCUCCCCCUCCAGCUGCUGCUGCUGCUGCUCCUACUUCCGCUCCGGCUCCAGCUCCAGCUCCCACAGCGUCGCAAGAUUCCUCCGCGACUGUCGUCCCUAAACAAGAACCAGAUACCGGUGACAACAACCUGGAUGCAUCUAUCGAACAAGACAUCGACCUAAACGCAAACAACACCGCCAACAUGCCGAAUCAGAAUCCCGCUGGCAAUGACGCCGCCGCCGCCGCCGAAAACUCCAUCCCCGCGCCCACCUCCGUGGAUGCUCUGGCGGCCGCCGCAGCGCCUGCCAAGAAAGAAACCAGCUUGCGGGAGUUCAUGGGCAAGAUGGAUGAAUAUGCGCCGAUUAUCCCCGACGCUGUAACAGCCCACUACCUCACUCUCGCCGGUCUCCCGCCUCCGGGUAACGGCCCCAAUCAAACACCACCACACCUCGCCCGCCUCCUCGCUCUCGCAACCCAGAAAUUCAUUGCCGAUAUUGCCGCCGACUCGUAUCAGUACGCGCGCAUUCGCGCCUCCAACAGCUCCUCCGCCAGUAACCCCAUGGGCAGUUUGAACGCCGCCUCGGGGUUGAACAUGCCCGCCGGCGCUGCAGGUGUGGGAUCCGCUGGUGCUGCGACUGGCGUAUCAGGCGGCGAUGCAGGAAAGGGCAAAGCGGGCACGCACUUGGGAAUCCAGAGACCUGGGUUCGGAGGUGGUGGGUCGGGAGGUUCCGGACAGGGACGGACGGUGCUUACGAUGGAGGAUCUGGGUAUGGCGGUGUCGGAGUAUGGGGUUAGUGUCAAGAGGGGGGAGUUUUAUCGGUGAUAUUUUUUCCUUCUUUCCCUUUCCACCUUGGGAAUGCUUUGGGGGGUUUUGUUUGUUGCAAACAUGCUGGAUGUUCAUGGGCAUGGGCAUGGGAAUAUGGGUAGAUCGGGGACGGGGCGGGAUGGGAUGUGCUGUUUUACUUUACUUUUUCUUUUCACCUUUGCUUGCUGGCGUAAAAUACUGGGCAACGGCCGAACGAUAUCCUGCAUGUGGGCCGAGUUUGAAAUAUACAAAAGGCGUUUAAGGCGGAGUUAUCGAGAUAUGAUAUGAUAUGGUAGGAAGGGCGGCAACCAACCCAAAGAAAGAAGACAAUAACUGAG